GAAAGUUCUCUAGUCUCUAUAUUCUGUUAUCAAAUUUUUCAACAGCUUCUUUCUACAGAAUGAGAAUUUUUUACUAUCUCCUGCAUUUUCUGUGUUAUGUGACCUUCAUUCUACCAGCCACAUGCAUCUUGGUGGAUGCUGAUCGUUGCACCAAACGUUAUGGUCGCUGUAAAAGAGACUGUCUUGAGAGUGAAAAGCAAAUAGACAUAUGUUCCUCACCAAGAAAAAUUUGCUGCACUGAGAGGUUGUAUGAAGAAGAUUAUAUAUUUUGAAGAGGAAAACAUACCUCUGAACAAAGAAGUUACAUGUGCAC